AUUGCACUGUACUACACCAGAGAAUCAAAGAUGAUAUACACUGUAGAUAGAUCCUGAUCAUCACCCAAGGAGCAAUUGCACAGCCGUGGGAAGACAUUUAGUCCUGCACAGCAUUGCUCAACACAGAGAAGGCUGGGUAGUGAAACCGUCAUCUGGAAAUCAGUCAGGUCGGGGAGCUUUGACAUAUCAUCAGAUCUGAAACUGGUCAAUGGUGUGGAGCCUUCCAUCAGAACCAACCUUUCUGAAGGUUCGGUUGUGGGUGAUCGGUCAGGGUGAGGCUGGGAAGAAGUGUUGAGUGGCUUCAAGUGUGGUGAGAGCUUCAAUCAUCCAUCAAGCCUCAUGAACUACUGAUCCAUUCCGCUGGGUAAAGAGGCUUUUCAACUGUGAGGUUUGUGAGGAGAGUUUCACAGGCUCAUCAGAUCUCCCAGCAACAGUGAAUCACUAUUAAUACAAGGUCAGCUGCAUGGAAGAAAAACCUUUCAAGUGUGACUUGUGCAACAAAUCAUUCUGGUGCUCGUCAGACUUUCUUGUGCACCAACGCACUCACACAGGGGAGAAACCAUUUACCUGUGACGUGUGUAAGAAAUCAUUCUCUCAGUCAGCGACCCUACGUGUUCACCAACGCAUUCAUACAGGGGAGAAGCCAUUUACAUGUGAGGUAUGUGAGAAAUCAUUCACACAGUUAUCGAGUCUCCGGGUCCACCAAACAAUCCAUACAGGGGAGAAACUCUUCAAGUGUGAAGUUUGUGAUAAAGCAUUUGCAACAUCUACGAGGCUCCUGGAACACCAGAGCAUCCAUACCGGGGAGAAACCUUUCAGGUGUCAGGUGUGUAACAAAUCAUUCUCACGCUCAACUCACUUCCGUACACACCAACGCAUUCACACUGGGGAGAAACCGUUCACCUGCCAAGUGUGUAACAAAUCAUUCUCACGGUCAUCGAACCUCCUUGAACACCAACGCCUUCACACUGGGGAGAAAACUUUCAAGUGUGAGGUGUGCAAUAAGACCUUUGCACAAUUGUCAGGCCUGGUGAAACACCGACACACUCACACAGGGGAGAAGAAAAUAUUCACUUGUGACGUGUGUAAUAAGGAGUUUGAACAGUUGUGGGGAAUGUUGGAUCACCGUCGCAUUCACACAGUCGGGGAAGCUAAAUGAGGUGUGUGACUGAGCAUUCACACAGACAGUGACACUCAUCAAAUAUGGACACAACCACACCAAGAAAGACUUUUUAAAAAGCUGUGACAAAUGCUUCACCACGCCAACAUUGCUGACCAAAGAGAAACCAUUGAAAUGUAAGGUAUGCAGUUGUGUAUUUACACUGUCAGUGACACUGACAUGUCCACGUAAUGCAAGAUGUUUAAUGAGGCCUUUGUACAGUCAUUAGGCUUGAUGUAUCACAAAGGUAUUCCUGCUGGGGAAAGAACUGUCGAUGUGUGAAAUCUGUGACAUUUUCUUCACAAACUCAUCAAAACUGCUCCCUCAGAGAAUCUCCACAGUGGAGUGACUGAGUGCGAAAUCCUUGACUCUUUUGUAACCCCAGAAGGUUCAAGCAGGAGAUGAACUCUUCCAGUGUAAAGUUUAUAAUAAGAUAUUCACCCCAGAUCUCCAAACAUACCACUGGAUCCAGACUUGUCUAAAAUGUGAUACACAGUGAGUGUACCUCCGGUCCAUCAAUGCAUUCAUGUAAGGGAGAAACACUGUCUGUGUUAGUCCUGUAAUAAAACAUUCAAUUCUUGGCUCUCCUGGUACAUCAGUGAAUCCACACGGGAGACAAAUCUUUCCAAUGGUGAUGUAUGUCCAGAUUGUUUCACAUUGUCCUCAUCCUUCUCCUCUCACCAGACACCGACAUCUCCACAUGGGCUCAAAGCUGAGUCACCUGCUUCCAUGGCACUGAGAGCUGUCUGUGUUAUUUAACCUGCAGUGCUCACGCAGGGGAGUUAUUGUUCCAAAGUACUGUCUGUCUCAACAGUAUCUAUUUCAAACCUCUCCCACUAUCAGCCCUAUUGUUUCAAAAAUGUGUAACACUGGGCCUGAUUACCAAACAUCACCUGAAGUUAUCAAUAUGUACAGAAGUUCCUGUAUAAAUUCAGCAUUCUUUCACUCUGACCAAGAAGAUAGUCAGGUAGUCAGUAGUUUGAAAGGCUUCAGUUUCUGAUUGACCAGCACAGGCACCGGGGUUAAUAACGGAGGCACCUCAAUUAGCCUCAGUAUCUUUGGUCUGUGGAGGAGGAGAAGAAUCAGCCAGCAAUCUCAUUCCUCAUCAGUGAGCCCAGCUGGGAGGUCAGAGGGAGGGCAGGAUGUGUCUCGACUGUGACAGUCUCCACUGUCUCGCAACAUUCACUCUCGCUGUCCACAAGCUGAGUGGUGACUUGAAUAGAGCAUAGACUGUCCUCCAGGCUAGUACCUUGAAGACAGAAGAAUAAGCAGACAACAGCUUGUAUAUAUUUAGGGCCCAAAGUGUUUCCUAGAGAUGUGAUCCGAUAGAAAUUAAAGCAGCAGAGACAAAGGAUUGACAAGAAAAAGAUUAACUAAAAUAUGGUGUAAGUGAUGGGUUUAACAAUGGUGCUAAACAAGAGGGCACAGGUAAUGAUGCAGAGAGGUUCAAAGAGGGAAUUCUGAAAAGUACUGAAUGCUCAAGAGGCAUUAAACAUUGUUAACAUGGGGUGGGGGAGAAGAGAAACCCUUCAAGUAAAAUUUACAUUCAAGCUUUCAUGAUACUUUGAACCUUCUGAGACACAGAGGAAUCAGGUGUGUGACUGAUCCCCCAACCUCAUACUCCUUCUCGUCUUCUCCCUAUGGUACUUUCAUAUUUUACAGUUCUUUCUUGAAUUCUCCAUUGAGCCUGCCUCCACAACUCUUGAGCCUUAUGUUUCAGACCCUAACCACUCUCUGUAUGAAAUAUUGUUUCUAAUGUCAUCACUACCAGUUUUGCCAAUCACCUUAAGCUUGUGUCCCUUGCAUGAGUGGGAUCAGUUUCUUCUUGUUUGGUCUAUCUGGACCCCUCGUGAUUUUGAAAACCUUUAUCACAUUUGCUCUUAACCCUCUCUUCUCCAGUGAGAACAGUCCCUCUCCUGCAAUCUUAUUCUAUAUCUGAAGUCUGUCAUUCCUGGAGCCAUUCACAUGAAUCUUAUUCCACCAUCAAUAACAUCUCAGGCCCAGAACUGGACACAGCUCAGGUGAAGACAAUGUUUAAUCUGGGUUUCAUAUUUAAUUAUCUUGCUUUUGUAAUCUGUGCCCUUGUUAAUAAUUCCUGGGAUGCCAUUUGCUUUAUUAACUAAUCGCUCAAACUCUCCUGCAACUUUCAUUGAUUUUGCACAGCUUCACAGCAAAUUGAUUUUGCUCCUCUACCCGUUUAGAAUUGUACCUUUAGAUUCGGUUGCUUUUCUGUGCUCUAUCAAAAUAAACUACAUCACACUUUUGAGCAUUAAAUUUUAUCUACCAUCUCUCUGCCCCAUUUCACAAACCUGUUUAUUUCCUUUUGAAAUUUUACAGCAUCCUUCUCAUAGUUUAUAACAUUUGCACAUUUAAUGUAAAUGUUGUUAUUGUGCUGUGCACACCAAGGUCUAGGUCAUUAAUUAUAUCUCAGGAAGAACUAUGUCCCUUAGCACCAAAUCCUGGAGAACAUCACUAUAAACCUUCUUCCCACUUGAGAUACAUCCAUUAAUCACUCCUCACUAUUUAUUGUCACUCGGAUCAUGUUAUAACCAUGAAGCAACUUUCCUUUUGCUCCACUUUACUCACAAAGCUGUGUGUGGCAUGUUUUCAACUAUGUUUUGAACGUCCAUGUACACAAUAUUAUCCAGGCUUAAGCUGACAUGUGGCAAGUAUUAUUUGCACCACACAAAGGCCAGGCAAUAACUAUCUCAACUAAAUGACCAUCUGACCAACUCCCUUUGGCAUUCAAUGUUAGCACCACUGAAUCCCCUGCUAUCAAUAUCCUGGGGGUUACCAUUAACCAGAAACUCAACUGGACUUGCCACAUAUACACAGUGGCUAUAGGAGCAGGUCAGAUGCUAGGAAUACUGUGGUGAGGAACUCACCUCCUGACUUCCCAAAGUCUGUCCACCAUGCACAAGGCAUAAGUCCGGAGUGCAAUGGACUACUUCCCACUUACCUGGAUGGUGCAGCUGCAAUAACACUCAAGAAGUCUGACACCAUGCUUCAUCAAGCCUUUCUGUUGCAUCAUCAAAAGAUUUCUGGAGAUUAGUUAAAUACUCAUUGCCCUUUAUCUUUUCUUAGUUCACUCACAUUUGCCCAAGUGACCUAUUUUGUCCUGACUUAUUGUUUCUAGAAGGUUUACUCCCACUAAUGUCAAUUACUGCAUUUAUCUUACAUUCAUAUUUGAACGAGGCUGUAACACUUACAAUUUUUCCAAUCUCCUGCUCCACACCCAACUCUCAGGGAAGACUGGAAAAUUAUGGCCAGUGCCUCCACAAUUCUCACUUCAGCCAAAUAAUCUCAUCUUUAAAGGCAGCCCAAUGUACAUUUACCUUUUCACCUGAUAAUCUUUUAUUCUAAUUUAUCUUGCCAGAUCUGUUCCUUACCCAACUGCAGUUGGUUUUCCCUAGUUAACUAUUCUUGUUCAUGGUUGUUCCUUGUCUUUCUCAGUCACCACACCUAAACCUUCUGAUAUAAUGGUCACUGUACUCUGUAAAUACCCCUCCUGAUAUUUGUACCUGUUCAGUAACAUCCUCAAUCCUGGCAUUAGCAAGGUAACAUACCAUCCUGGAUUCAUGUCUCAGGCCACAAAAACAUUUGUCUAUUCCUUGAACUAUCAAGUCUCUUACUGCUGUUCCAGUCUUCAGGUACCUCCCUGUAAAGAUGUACCAUCUGUGGUGCCAUGGUUCCUAGAUCACCCAUCUCUUUCAUCAGGAUUCAGAGCUCAGGACUGGCUGGAGAGUGAGAUACAUUCAGAGGCCCUGCACUACUUGCCUUCCUCUCACUUCCUAAACCCAUCCCUUAACAGCCUUGCUCCAAUUUUAAUGUAAUGGCCACUAUGCUUGUAAAGGUAUCCACUUCCCAGGAAUGGGUAAGGGGUAGAAACAGAUCUGUUGUGAUGUGAAUUAUUGACAGAUCCUCCUCAGGUGCCGGGUGUUUGAAUAAUACUAUGGUGAAUAUUUGUGCUCUUCUGUCCAUGAAGACUACUAUCCUGAGUAUGGUGAGGGAGUGGGGAUGAGCCUCUACAGAUCUCUUGCAUUCCCUCAGCCCGUAAACACCUUGGUGUUAUAACAAUGUGAUCCGUUCACCUUACACCUUUCAGAGAUUCAUUUCACGAUCGGGGAAACAUCUUGAGUUAUUUUCAGGUGCUUUGAUAUUUUGGCUUGAUUUAAAAUUUGGUGUAAGCUAAAU